GUCAAGAAAGAAGAAUCAACUAUCAUGGCCGUCCCUCGCGACCCAUAUUUCUGGAAGCGCUUUAGCUACGCAGUACACCAAGACGAAGAAGCACAAGUAACCCAAAAAUCAGAAACCUGGCUCGCAAGCACCCGCCGCAAANAACGCCACUCCUACGCCCGCAUCUGCUGUCUCUUCUGGAUCCUUCUCAUCGCCAUAAUANGCAAUAAUAGUCGUCGUCUUUUGAUACUCAUAAAAACGCAUACACUGCAAAAGAUACACAUAGGUGGAGAAGGCCACACUGUGGAUUUUACAAAACUGGAUAACUGGUUGCAGAACUUGUUUGGCACGGGUGGGAAGGGGAAAGAGGGGGAUGGUGGAUCGUGA